AUGGUAUAUGAUUGUACCCCAGCUAAUAUCACACUCUUGCGGGGAAAUCAUGAAAGCAGACAGCUAACUCAGGUUUAUGGCUUCUAUGAUGAGUGCCAGAGGAAGUAUGGAAAUGCUAAUGCAUGGCGGUAUUGUACAGAUGUUUUUGACUAUCUUACACUUUCAGCAAUUAUAGAUGGGACUGUACUUUGUGUACAUGGUGGCCUUUCUCCUGACAUACGGACAAUUGAUCAAAUAAGAUUAAUUGACCGGAACUGUGAAAUCCCUCAUGAAGGCCCAUUCUGUGAUCUCAUGUGGAUGACCGAAGAGAUCGAAACAUGGGCAGUCAGUCCACGUGGAGCAGGUUGGCUAUUUGGGUCCAGGGUCACAUCCGAGUUCAACCACAUAAACAAGCUUGAGCUUGUUUGCCGAGCUCACCAACUUGUACAAGAAGGUCUUAAGUAUAUGUUUCAGGAUAAAGGCCUAGUAACAGUUUGGUCUGCGCCGAACUAUUGUUACCGUUGCGGGAAUGUAGCCUCUAUAUUGAGCUUCAAUGAGAACAUGGUGAGAAAUUUUUUUACUUUUCUUUUCGAUUAGGAUUGGAGAUUGUUU